AUGGCCUGUGCUCCGCUGGGCAGAGGUCUCGCUGGUGCCACGGGCCGCAGCGGUCACAGCAGCUUCUGCUGGUGGCUGUUUCUCUCAUUUCUGAGACCUGAUGUACGAAGCCAGGGCUGGCAAGGUUUGAUUGCGUAUGGAUGUCAUUCUCUUGUGCUGAUAGUUGAUGCCAAUACUGCUCAGACUUUACAGGUUUUGGAAAGACACAAAGCUAGUGUUGUCAAGGUUAAAUGGGCUAAAGAAAAUUACCAUCACAAUAUUGGCUCUCCAUAUUCAUUACGUUUAGCUUCUGCUGAUGUUACUGGAAAAAUAGUUGUAUGGGAUGUGGCAACAGGAACAGCUCGUUGUGAAAUACAAGAACAUGCGAAACCAAUUCAAGACAUGCAGUGGUUGUGGAAUCAAGAUGCUUCUAGAGAUUUACUGCUUGCAGUUCAUCCGCCUAACUAUAUUGUACUGUGGAAUGCAGACACAGGCACCAAACUUUGGAAGAAAAGUUACGCUGAAAACAUCUUGUCUUUUUCGUUUGACCCCUUUGAUCCAUCACACUUAGCUUUGCUCACCAGUGAAGGAAUAGUGUUCAUUUCUGACUUCUCUCCUUCCAAAGCUCCUGCCAGCUCAGGGAAAAAAGUUUACAUCUCUAGUCCCCAUUCCAGUCCUUCUCACAACAAGCUGGCUGCUGCUACGGGGGCCAAAAAGGCCCUUGAUAAAGUAAAAAUCUUAAUCAGUAAUGAAAAACCAAGUGCUGAAUCUGUAACACUCAAUGACUGUCUUCAGUUGUCAUAUUUGCCUUCCAAAAGAAACUACAUGCUGUUAUUGUAUCCCAGAGAAAUUUUGAUUCUUGACUUGGAAGUGAAUCAGACAGUGGGUGUGAUUGCAAUUGAAAGAACAGGUGUGCCUUUUCUACAGGUAAUUCCUUGUUUUCAGCGUGAUGGCUUAUUUUGCCUACAUGAAAAUGGUUGUAUAACUUUAAGAGUUCGUAGAUCUAACUGCAGUAUAACUGGAACUCCAAAUGAAGAGCCAGAUCCAGACCCAGUUCAGGAGCUGAUUUAUGAUUUAAGAAGUCAGUGUGAUGCAAUCAGGGUAACAAAAACAGUUCGACCCUUCAGUAUGGUGUGUUGCCCAGUGAAUGAGAAUUCUGCAGCUCUCAUAGUCAGUGAUGGCAGGGUAAUGAUCUGGGAAUUAAAAUCCAGUAUUUCUGGCAGAAAUGUGCGUAACAGCAGCUCAAGUGCAUCACCUUUGUAUUCCCCAGUCUCAUUUUGUGGAAUUCCUGUAGGAGCAUUCCAAAAUAAACUUCCAGACCUCUCAUUAGACAACAUGAUUGGGCAAGGCACAAUUGCUGGAGAAGAACAGUUAAAAAGUUCGUUUCUGCAAGAAGUGCACCUCAAAUUUCUGCUGACUGGACUUCUUUCAGGACUUCCUUUGCCUCCAUUUGCUAUCCGCAUGUGCCCACCUCUUACGACAAAAAAUAUUAAACAAUAUGAGCCAAUCCUUGCUGUUGGUACAAGUAAUGGAUCUGUCCUGGUGUUUCAUCUUACAAGUGGACUUCUGCACAAGGAGUUAAGCAUCCAUUCCUGUGAAGUCAAGGGAAUCGAGUGGAUAAGCUUGACUGGGUUCAUUUCCUUUGCCACAUCAACACCUAACAACCUGGGGCUAGUAAGGAAUGAACUGCAGCUGGUGGACCUACCAACAGGCAGGAGCAUCGCCUUUCGUGGGGAGCGAGGCAAUGAUGAGCCAGCGAUUGAAAUGAUAAAGGUGUCUCAUUUGAAGCAGUAUCUAGCUGUAGUAUUUAAAGACAAACCACUGGAGAUCUGGGAUGUUAGAACAUGCACUCUGCUCAGAGAAAUGUCCAAGAACUUCCCUACAGUAACCGCUUUGGAGUGGUCACCUUCUCAUAACUUGAAAAGCCUGAGGAAGAAGCAGUUAGCAGCCCGUGAGGCCAUGGCCCGACAGACGGUUGCAUCAGAUACUGAAGUCAGCAGCGUAGAAUCUUCUGUUAUCAGCUUGUUACAGGAAGCUGAAAGCAAAUCGGAGCUGAGCCAGAACAUUUCUGCCAGAGAGCACUUUGUGUUUACAGGUGCCGAUGGGCAGGUUUAUCAUCUCACAGUAGAAGGAAACUCAGUAAAAGACAGUGCAAGAAUUCCUCCUGAUGGAAGUAUGGGUAGCAUUACAUGUAUUGCCUGGAAAGGAGAUAUUCUGGUUCUUGGAGACGUUGAUGGAAACUUAAACUUCUGGGAUUUGAAAGCUAGAGUAUCCAGGGGGAUUCCUACACACCGAAGCUGGGUGAAAAAGAUACGCUUUGCCCCAGGGAAAGGAAAUCAAAAACUUCUUGCAAUGUACAAUGAUGGAGCAGAAAUAUGGGAUUCAAAAGAGGUACAAAUGGUAAGCAGUUUAAGAAGUGGAAGAAACGUGAAUUUCCGAAUCCUGGAUGUGGACUGGUGCACUUCGGACAAGGUGGUCUUGGCAUCAGAUGAUGGGUGCAUUAGAGUUCUAGACUUGUCUAUGAAACCAUCGUGUUUUAGAAUGGAUGAGCAGGACUUAAUAGAACCUGCAUGGUGUCCCUAUCUGCUGGUUCCAAGGGCUUCAUUAGCUUUAAAAGCAUUCCUGUUGCAUCAGCCGUGGGAUGAGAGAUAUUCUCUAGAUAUUAUAAACAUUGAUUAUCCAGAGAAUGAAAAUAUUAAAAACCUUCUUCAAGAGCAGUUGAAUUCAUUGUCCAAUGACAUAAAGAAACUUUUGCUUGAUCCGAAUUUUACUCUCUUGCAAAGAUGUCUCCUAGUUGCCAGACUGUAUGGGGAUGAAUCUGAACUGCAUUUCUGGACCAUUGCUGCCCACUAUUUGCACAGCUUAUCGCAGGAAAAGCCUGCAAAAGCAACAGGCACAGCUAUCCUACAAGAAGAGCUGGUUAAUCCAUUGGAUAUAUGCUAUGACAUACUGUGUGAAAAUUAUUACUUCCAGAAAUUCCAACUUGAAAGGGUAAAUCUUCAGGAGGUGAAGAGAUCAACAUAUGAUCAUACCAGGAAAUGUGCUGAUCAGCUGCUUCUCUUGGGCCAGACUGACAGAGCAGUACAACUAUUGUUAGAAACAAGUUCAGAGAAUGCACAUUAUUACUGCGAUUCACUCAAAGCUUGCUUGGUCACAACUGUCACCUCCUCAGGUCCAUCUCAAAGUACCAUUAAACUGGUAGCAACCAACAUGAUAGCCAAUGGAAAGCUCGCAGAGGGUGUACAGUUACUUUGUCUGAUCGAUAAGGCUGCUGAUGCCUGUCGCUACUUGCAAACUUACGGCGAAUGGAAUCGUGCAGCAUGGCUUGCAAAGGUUCGUUUGAACUCUGAGGAGUGUGCUGAUGUGUUAAAGCGCUGGGUAGAUCACCUUUGCUCUCCCCAAGUCAACCAGAAGUCCAAAGCCAUUCUUGUCCUCUUGUCACUUGGAUGCUUUACAAAAGUUGCAGAGAUGUUGCACAGUAUGAGGUACUUCGAUAGAGCGGCUUUAUUUGUUGAAGCUUGUCUGCAGUAUGGGGCAUUUGAACUUAAUGAUGAUACAAAGAAAUUGAUCCAUGCUGUAUACGCAGAUUAUGCCAGAAGCUUGAAGCUCCUGUGCUUUAAACAGGGAGCUAUUCUCUUUGCCUCAAAAGCAGGAGAAACUGGUAAAGAGUUACUGACUGAGCUCAAACAGCCUAAAGAGGAAGUGGCACAAGAAUUUAAAUGGCUUUCAAGCUUGAACAUAACAAUUGUGGAAGAAAAGGAAAAACGCGGAUCCUCAGAGAAAGGAACCAACUCAGAGACACAAAAUGCAGUUGCAGAAGUGCAGCGGCAGAAGGAGGAAUCGUGGAUGACAGGAGGGGGCUGCAAUCACCGGCGUUACGGAAUGGCUGGUAGCAGCGCAGCAGAUGCUCGAGGUUGUUCCAGUGCGCUGGGCUAUCGAGACUUUUGGCUUCUCGUCUUCAUUCUGGUGUGGCAUCUUGAAUCUCGGUCUGCACAGAAGGAGUGA